AUGCUGCCUCAAAAGAGAGUUAAGCGUUCCCAGGCACAGAAUAGAGCUUCACAAGUUGGGAAUACUUUUCAAACCAGUCUGUCAGCCUGGAAAGUAAAACAGAAGCCAAGUGACUCAAAAAUCAUCUGGGAACAGAACAGUCCAAUGGCAGCUCAUGAACAUAUGGAUGAAGAUACUCUGCAAGUAGCAGUGGGAUACUUGGAGAAAGGUCCCAUUAAAAUUUCACAGAGUAAAGAUAAAAUUUUGGAAAAACAUUUGGAAACUGUGGAAAAUGUGGCUUGGAAAAAUGGGUUAGCUCCAGAAGUCAUUGAUAUUUUACUGAAUGUGGCUCUCAGUGGCAAAUUUGGAAAUGCUGUAAACACACGGAUACUGAAGUGCAUGAUUCCAGCUACUUUAAUAUUAGAAGAUUCUGUGGUUAAAGCAAUCUCCUGGAUCUGUGCUGGCAAGUGUUCUGGUAACACCAAGGUACUUUUCUAUCGUUGGCUGGUUGCAAUGUUUGACUUCAUUGAAAAUAAGGAGCAAAUUAACUUGCUUUAUGGAGUUUUCUUUGCUUCAUUGCAAGAUGAUGCACUGUGCCCUUAUGUCUGCCACUUGCUAUAUUUACUCACCAAAAAAGACAAUGUCAAGCCAUUUCGUGUAAGAAAACUGCUUGAUCUUCAGGCCAAAAUGGGAAUGCAACCUCAUCUCCAGGCUUUGUUGUCACUUUACAAGUGCUUUGCUCCUGCUUUGAUUUCUGUAUCUUUGCCUACAAGGAAGAAGAUCUACUUUAAGAAUUCAAAGGAUCUUUGGUAUUCAGCUGUGCUUGCUGUGAGACUUAGAAACCAUGGACCUUUUUCUGAACCUCUAAAACUGACAUUAAGUCCAGCUAAUUUACAUCCUCAAAAAAGAAAAUGGAAUUCUCACUUAGUUAUUCCAGGGCUAAAGUCUGGUAACUAUGCUAAUGGAUGUGGAAAAAAGGAGAUGAGUCUUUCUGAUUGUCUUAGUUGCAGUGGAUCACUUCCAGUAGAGCAGCUUAAGAGCUUCCCUGUACUCUUACAAAACAUGCAUUGCUUAGAGCUGCCUUCUCAGAUGGGCUCAGUGCUAAACAACUCCCUGCUACUUCACUAUAUGAACUGUGUCAGAGAUGAGUCAAUCUUACUGAGGCUGUACCACUGGUUGAGUCAAACAUUACAAGAAGAAUGUAUUUGGUAUAAGGUGAAUGAUUAUGAACAUGGAAAAGAAUUUACCACCUUCUUGGACACAGUCAUCAGGGCAGAGUGCUUCUUACAAGAGGGGUUUUAUUCCUGUGAAGUUUUCCUGUACAAGAGCAUUCCUCUCUGGGAUGGCAUCUGUUGUCGGUCACAGAUCCUUCAGCUUGUGAGCUGGAUUCCUUUUAGUAGCUUCUCUGAGGUGAAGCCACUACUUUUUGACCACCUGACACAACUCUUCUUUACAUCAUCCAUUUAUUUCAAGUGUAGUGUUCUUCAGUGUUUAAAAGAGCUACUGGAGAAUUGGCUGUUAUGGCUUUCUACGGACAUCCACAAGAAACUUACGAGAAGUCCUCUGUGA